GAAUUUUCCAAUAGAAAAGUCAUUUUCCGUUUUCAAUGUUUUUCUUUUUUGCACUUUCCGCCUCCCCUGCAAAUCUGCAAGCUCCAGCAUCUCAGCAACUAUUGUUCAAUUAAUCAAUUCGCAAUUACUGAUCGCCAUUUGCCUCGCUCCAUCAUCGCCUCUUCUACAAUCUCCUCUGUGUUCUCCUUCGACAAUACCCCAAAUCUCAAGCAGGUCUAGUUCUUCACAUGAAUUGGAACUGAACGUUGAGUGGUGGGAAGACUAUCAUCUUAUGCUGUUGAAAUUCUACUGCACCGUUACUUUAGUGUGAUAAUGCAGGCAGUUUAUUCUUUUAAAUUAUCCCAUGAUUUGGGAAUUUGCAAUAAUUGGGGGCGGCAUCACCGAUUCUCUGUACAGAAGCAGUGUCAUUGGAGCAUUCAUAUCCCAAAGAGGUUACAAUUUCAAAGACAUGCUCUUCAAUACAGAUACUAUCAGUUUAGGUGUAAUUCAUUAUUAACACCAAGUCAACCUGUUGACAUUCCAUGUAUAAAGAAUGCUGUUGUAACAUUAACAAGACCUUGUAAUUAUUUACAAAUUAGCAGUCUUUUUCUUAAGUUGAUUCCAGCAGUUGGUACCAUUGUUUUUGGUAUAUGGGGUCUAGGACCACUUCUACACCAAAGUAGAAAUGUAUUCCUUCAGAAGAGUGACAGUAGUUGGGGCAAGAGUGGCACAUAUCGCUUUAUGACUUCUUACCUUCAACCUUUGGUGUUGUGGACUGGAGCAAUGCUAUUCUGCAGAGCAUUGGAUCCAAUGGUGCUUCCAACAGAAGCUAGCCAAAUUGUUAAGCAACGACUUCUGAAUUUUAUCAGAUCACUAUCGACAGUAUUAGCUUUUGCUUAUUGUUUAUCUAGUGUAAUUCAGCAGGUGCAAAAGUUUUUCAUGGCUACGAUUGAUCCCACUGAUACUAGAAAUAUGGGAUUCCAGUUUGCAGGAACAGCUGUAUACUCUGCAGUAUGGAUUGCAGCAGUGUCAUUGUUUAUGGAGUUGCUAGGUUUCUCUACCCAGAAGUUGCUAACUGCUGGAGGGCUUGGGACAGUCUUUCUGACUCUUGCUGGUCGUGAGAUCCUCACCAAUUUCCUUUCUGGCAUAAUGAUCCAUGCAACUCGGCCAUUUGUCGUGAAUGAUGUGAUUAAAACUAAGAUUGAAGGCUGUGAGGUCUCUGGAGCUGUUGAGCACAUAGGUUGGUGGUCACCAACAAUUAUAAGAGGUGAAGAUCGUGAAGCUGUUUAUAUUCCAAACCACCAGUUCACAGUUAAUAUUGUGAGGAAUCUUAGCCGUAAAAGCCAUUGGCGUAUAAAAACUCACCUAGCUAUCAGUCAUCUGGAUUUCAGUAAGAUUAAUAAUAUUGUUGCUGACAUGCGGAAAGUUUUGGCAAAGAAUCCUCAAAUAGAACAAAAGAAGUUGCAUAAAAGAGUAUUUCUGGAUAAUAUUAACCCUGAAAACCAGGCCCUGAUGAUCCUGGUAUCUUGCUUUGUUAAGACGUCACGCGCAGAAGAGUACCUCUCUGUCAAGGAAGCAAUAUUGUUGGAUCUACUCAGAGUUAUUCGACACCACCAAGCUCGACUUGCUACUCCCAUCCACACACUGCAGAGAGUUAGCGAUGCAGAUGCAGAUUUAGGUUACAUUCCAUAUGUUGAUCCUGCCCAUCAUGGAGCAGCAUCUGACAAGAAGCCUGGUAUCGCGAAUGGAGUUGCUCAUUCCACAAAAGACCAUAAAGGUACAAACAAAUCUUCAUCUGAUGCCGAGCAGCACAGUAAUGCAACACUGAAAGCAAUCUCCAAAACCGACCAAAAGUCUGGUGGUAUUGUGUCAAGUUCUGAUUCUGGUGAUCCACAAGACAUCUCCGUCAACAAACUGCUAAAGAAACUAAGCAGGGAAAGUGUUCUUUCAGCCAAUUCCUCAGCCACAUUGCCAGAUAGUAGAAGAAGAGAAGCAUUAUCAUCGCAGCCAUCAUCAAAGCCAGCCUUAGAAGACAAUAUAGUUCUUGGUGUUGCUCUUCAGGGUUCAAAACAAACCCUCCCCAUCAAAGAGGGGACGAAGCCAUCCCCAUACCAGGCAGAAGCAAAGGAACUUGCUAUUUCUCAUAGUAGCAAUGGCUCCAUUGUUGCAAAACCAGAUAAGCAAGAGAAUCAUCAAUAUCCAGACAGUCAGGAAUAGCAUAGGCUUUGCACUGGGCUACUCUUUAUAGAUCCAGCGACCAAUUAUAUUGGUGCUUCAUGAUUAAGCAUGUGAAUCUAAUGAUGUUGCAGAUUUAGGUUUAUUCAAGAUCAUUUGUUUGAUUGUGACAAUCUAGAAAAGCUAUUUAAUGAAA